AUGGCGGUGAUCCACAUCGAUGUCGACCGCUUCUUCCUCGCGGUCCACGCCCAAUUUGACCGGUCUGUUCGCGAGGGUCCAGGCACACCUCCGAUUGCGCUCUUCCAGUACAACGACGUCAUUUGUGUCUCCGCAUCCGCGCGCGCACUCGGCGUGCGCAAGCACAUGAGCCCGGAGGCUGCCCGCGCAGUCCUCACGCCGGCGGGCGGCCGGCUGGUGCACGCCUUCUGGCGGGACUGGCCGGGUCCGCGCACGUGGUACAAGCCGUAUCAGGACGCCUCCCGCGACCUCUUCGCCUGCAUCCGGGCGAGCCUCGACGCCGGCGCGGCGUGCGGCUCGACCCUCGAGCGCGCCUCGAUCGACGAGGGGUACGUCUCAGUCGAGGAGAGGCACGGGCCGGAGAGCGUCGCGGAGGAGCUGGUGCGAUCCGUGCGGGAGAGGCUCGGCUUGCCGGUCUGCUGCGGCGUCGCGCCCAACAAGCUGCUCGCCAAGCUCGCCUCCUCCGCCGCCAAGGCCUCCGGCGGCGGCUCUGGCGCCAGCGGGCGCGUGUAUGCAGUCCGCAGCGACGAGGAGGCGCAGGCGUUGCUGCGGCAGACAGCGGCGCACAGGCUGCCGGGCCUCGGCUCGCGCGCCGACGCGCUGGCGAGGGCCGGCAUCGAGUGCGUCCUCACCCUCUCCACCGCCGACGUUGCCAACGCCACCGGUCUGCGCUACGUCCGCCUCAGCUGGGGCGACGCGGAUGCGGCUCACGUGGCGGAGGAACACACAAAAACGCGAAAAAACACCACGGGAGGCUGGGUUUGUUUCGAAGAAAACAGUUCGGCUUAA